AUGCCCGGCGUGGAAUCGAGCCGGGAUUCUGUCCCUGUGCGCCUCUCCGCUCCCUCCGAAGGUGGCAGCCGGGAUCCGCAUACUGGGUCGCCACAUCACCGGCUCCCUUUCCUUUCUCUCCCCUUCCUUUUUCUCCCUGCGCAAUCGCUGGCGCCAUCACUGGCCGCCAAACUCUGCUGUCCCAUUCCUCCUCCCCAUCUCCGGCUAUUUAAGCAGCCCAGGAGCCGCGCGAGCGGACACCGCAGCCGCCUCGCCCCUCCCCGAGCCUCCUUCCCCGCUCCCGCGCCCUACGCGCCGCCGCUGCUGCCAUUGACGAGCCAUGCUCCGAGCGGUGCCAGGAUUCCGUCGCUCUGUGUUGCUGAAGAAAUUGGAAGGCAGAACGGAUUCGGCUUCGCCUCCGAAGGUUUGAUAUCUGAAGUUCUUUCCCCAAAAAGAGCUAGCCUUGAACAUAAUGGAGGAGGCGAGGAACUGGAAUGUGGUGGGCAUGGAGGUGUGCACAUUCGACGAGAUCCAGAAUUUUUCUUCUAUGGACUUAUGGAGGGAUUGGGAGAGUGGGUUGGUCGUGUCUCAGAGAUGUGCAGCACUGGCAGGGCUUCUCAAUGUCUAUAG